AUGGUCACCAAUAGCCCCCUCUUCGAUACAACUUCUAUUCCUCUCGGCCAACGCCGAGGCAUCACAGACCUGGCGCAAAUAGCUUUGGAUCUGACCUGGGCACCCGAGAGAGCAGAGCAGGACGCCAUUGCUCGGUCUCGGGCAUAUCCCUCUCCGCCCAUGUCAGGAUCUCCGCCCCUCCCCCCGAAGCCGCCCCAAGAAGCUGGUGAUCGUGGCCAAGUACCUGUUGGCUAUUCAAAUCCCAAUCGUCAGGAUGCCUAUCGAGGUAACCUGCCUCAACAACCUCCAAUUGAUCGCCCAGGACCAAUUAAUAUGCAGCCCACGCUUCCAAGGUUGUUCCAGCAAGAAGCUCCCGACGCUUCCGCAUACUCAUAUCGCAGGCCGGAGGAAACGGCACCACGACCUGUAUCCUAUGCUCAACCAGGCGCUCCGUCCAUGUCUCAACCGCCAAGCUACAUCCCCCCUGGUGGGCCUGGAGCGCCUGCGCUCUAUCCUCCAUCUGCCCGGCCAACGGGCGCUGAGAACCAGGCAAUGACUUCGCCCAAAUCGCAGAGGAAAACCAAAGGCCAUGUGGCUUCUGCGUGUGUUCCUUGCAAACGAGCCCAUCUUCGAGAACACAUGGCUCCCAGGUACCUCGAACGAACACCGAACACCGACCCUACCCAUUACCCAGCACCUUUGCCGACUGCUGCCAGAGGUGGAGAGCCCGUGGCUUUCCUAAAUAUGAAGAUGGACUUUGCAAAGACAUCACCGGCUUUUACUGAGGCUGUGGGACACCCUGUUCUUCACGGACAGAACUUGAGUGAUGUUGUUGCUCCAUCAGACAGGGAUAAGGUAUUGUCGAUUCGAAGUCAACUCAUCGAAGAGCAGACGAGAAAGGAACCGAAUUACCUCCCUCCCAUACUCGCUCGGCUCGACCACAUCAUCCAGGGACUUGGAUUUGGGGCGGAGGAAAUCGGGCGGUUCCAGCUUGACCGCCAAGAAUACCUAGUAUUCAGAGGUGUUGAUGGCCAACCGAGGCAAUUUCCUAUCCGUCUCGGCCUCGCAAAAGAGGGAUCCAUCUAUUUCGUGGUCAUGAUGCUCAGCUUGAGAUAUCCCUUGCCGCCUUCACCUGUCUCUCGAGAGGUGGCGCAUGCCUAUGGUUCUCAACCGCCGACUCCUCAGGCUGCCUAUAGUCAGCGAAUACCGCCGCCAGCGUCAGUGCCAGUGCCGCCACCCUUUGACCCGACACGAAGCCGAUUCAACGACAUGCCCUUGGUAUCUCGACCGGCUCCUGGGCCCUCAACGCAGCUGCCGGCAAAUCUGUCUCCUCGCAUUGCUGUCGGUGCUGGAGCGACGUCGUAUGCGGCAUCACCUAGCCGUACCGAAUAUGCAGGCCCACCGUCAUAUCAUGUUCCCCGAAGCGAACUGCCUCCUCCGAGCGGACCACGGCCUCAAGCGUCGUUUCAGCUUCCGCCGAUCCGAGCCCAGCCAGAUCAGCCUGGGGCACGCCCACCGGGGGAGCAAUCAUGGCCUCGGGGGGAGCGGCCGAGUCGAGUUGAUAUUGGAGGCCUGAUCGAUAAGCCCGAUGCUCCAGGACGGCCGCGGUAG